AAGAAACGUGUCACGAGCCAUAAUGUUCAACUGAACUAGGAGCUUCUUAUAGAAAAUACUUGAAUUUUCAGGACGUCAUCACCGCUCUGCAUCACAGAAUCCGAACCGUACAAUUCGAUAGUUGACCUUAUCUCCCAUCAUGAACGGCAGAACCAUUUUGAUCUCCGCAGCUGCAUCCUGAUCCCCACUUGAUGGUCAGAAGUCCCGAGGUCGCAUCAGUACUAGACGUGGAGAUAGGCUCCCAUUUGUCAGAUUCGAAGGCAAGCCACCCGAGUAUAUAAAUCUCGUUCUUCAACGACAAGAAUAGAUACCUACACAGUACUAUGUCUCUUCCUCCAACUGAUCAGGAGAAAUAUUGGCCAUCUAUCGCAGAAAAGACUGAUGCUGUCCAAGAACAGAUAAAUCAACAAUUCGACUUGGACCCAGCAGAUAUUGCUAUCCAUGCGCCAUCGUUGCGUGGUCGCAAGCUAACGGCUGCAGUGGCGUUUGUAGCAGGAACUGGAUUUACACUCCUUGGGUAUGACCAAGGUGUCAUGUCGUCACUAAUUACGGGCAAUCAGUUCGAGGCUACCUUCCCUGAAGUCGUAGUGGAGGCUAGCCACCCCAAUCAUGCAACUCUUCAGAGCUUCACAAUUGCCAUUUAUGAAGUAGGCUGUCUCUUCGGUGCUCUGUCCAAUCUUUGGGUUGGAGAUAAGCUCGGUCGCCGUAGAACAAUUGCUUUAGGAGGCAGUAUAAUGAUGAUCGGGGCAAUUCUGCAAACGACUGCAUUUUCUUUUGCACACUUGAUUUUUGCUCGUAUCUUUACAGGCUGCGGAACUGGUCUGAUAACAUCGACAGUGCCAACAUAUCAUGCGGAGCUCUCCCCUUCCGCAAAGAGGGGUCGAAUGAUUAUGAUGGAGGGGACUCUGAUUGUGGCUGGAGUGGCCAUUGCCUAUUGGAUUGAUUUAGCGCUAUUCUUCGUGAAUUGGUCGUCUGCUCAGUGGAGAGUUCCGAUAUCACUGCAGUUAGUGUUUGAAAUUAUUGUGGUGGCAUGCAUCGGAUUUCUUCCUGAGUCACCGAGAUGGUUGGUAAAGCAUGGUCGGAACGCAGAAGCGAUGGCCGUUAUAUCCGCAAUGGAAGACAAACCUCCGUCUGAUCCAGAAGUUCAGCGCACCUACUAUGGCAUUCGUGAGGCUGUUGCUGUUGAAACAUCUACUACUGGUCAAGGUUCACUACGUGAACUCAUUACCGGAGGUCGCAGCCAGAACUUUAGGCGAACAGUCAUUGCUGUGGUAUGUCAGAUGAUGCAGCAGCUGACCGGCAUCAACCUCGUUACCUAUUACGCUACCAUCUUAUUCCAGCGUCUUGGUCUCUCCGAUGUCAACGCGCGGAUUACCGCUGCUGCCAAUGGCACAGAAUAUUUUCUUGCCUCUUUUAUUGCUUAUUAUGCGAUAGACUAUGUUGGCAGGCGUCAACUCAUGCUGAUCGGAGCCAUCGGUCAAUCCAUCGUGAUGCUGCUCUUGGCUAUCUUAGGAUAUAUCAACAAUGGACCCGCGCAGAUCGUGAGCGUAGUCCUGUUAUUCGGCUUUAACACAUUUUUUGCUAUUGGGUGGCUCGGAAUGGCCUGGUUGUACUGUGCUGAGCUUGCCGGGCUCAGAACCCGUGCACAAGCAAAUGCACUAAGCACGGCGUCAAACUGGACUUUCAACUUCGUCGUCGUGAUGGUUGUUGGCCCAUCCUUUAACAACAUCUCUUGGAGAACCUACAUCGUUUUCGCAGCCUUGAAUGCAGCUAUUGUUCCGGUUGUUUACUUUUUCUUUCCCGAAACAGGCGGUCGCUCUUUAGAAGACCUCGACGUUGUGUUUGCGUUGGCGCACACUGCUGGGGAAGAUCCUGUCAAGGUUUCGCUUCGGAAAGACAUUCGGAAAGACAUCCACCAGAAUCGAAACAACAAUGUCGCUUUUGGUAAUCGCUGGGGUUUAGCUCGCAGCCAGGGCUGCGUCCCCAAAUAUUCUGCUGUCUCAAAUACAAUACAAUUCGGCUCAAGUUGCCUGUUCGAGUAUACUAGGUGAUCUGAUCGAAAGUUCAAGGCCAAAGAAAUCAUCAAGUUAUAAUAUAAGUUGCAUGUAUGAGUACUAGGUCAUUGAGUUGCAGACAGAUUGUGGAGAAUCAAGGACGCCAACUGAGUAAACACGACAGAAAACUGGA